UGCGCCAUGCAGUCUCUUUUCGCAUGGUGCUUCAUCAUGCUUCUUUUGGCGCCAUUCUGGCUUCUUUUCGCGCCAUUCUCUCUUAUUUUCCCACCAUUCUGUCUUCUUUUCGCGCCAUUCCCUCUUAUUUUCCCGCCAUUCUGUCUUCUUUUCGCGCCCUUCUGUCUUAUUUUAACAGAACAUCAUCGGCUAACAUCGCGCAUCCCUAGUUUGUGCAGCAACGAGAAUAGACGGAUGGUUAUUGAGCGCUCAUAAGUGGGACGUUUUGGCUAUAUAUACCAGGUUUUAUGAAGUUUUUGAAAGGAAAUAUUAAGAAAAGAUUUUCAACUUGCAGUCCGGUAAAGUAAUGCACAAAAUACAUAAUUUCUUUACAUUGCCAAAGCAAUGGAUAAGUUGAAAAACAUAACCACCGCAUCGUGGUUGUGAAAAUAUCGGCAUGCCGUGAAAAAAUUUUAAGAAAAACACUCACAGCUGGGAAAAGAAGGUAGCUGAGCAUAACAUCACAUUGAGUUUUUAAAAAUGCAAUGCAAAUCGGAUAUUAUUCAAGCGAGUGUGCUAAGCUCCCAGACGUUUGUGCGAGUAGUAGAAGAUGGUGUUUUAGAAACGACGAAUGUGCUAAAAAUGUUGACUUCCUUGCUGCCCAACUCAGUCCGAUAGAGUACACCACGAUCACCGAAGGAAUUGUCAGCAUACCAUUACUUGGAAGCGAAAUCUUUCAAAAUCAAUUUGGUUUGAAAACGCAACAACAUCCCAUUAUACCGUUAUUACAAAAUCAACCGGUAAACAUAAAUGACGUGGCCCACAAAAUUGUCGGUAUUUUCAAUCAUCAUGAUCAGCAAAGAAAGGAGCACAGACGUUGCCCAAUUCAAAGACUAUUUGGACUGGCUUGCUAUCAUUAAGCAAAGCAAAUCUCGCGGAGUAAUUUUAACUCUUCCACAACAUCCUUGUUCACAAGCAUACUACUAAUUGAAGCUAUAGAACACUGCCUUACGUUUUAUAUUCAAAAUUUCUUGGCGUUUCAAUACAACAAAAUAAUAAUAAAAUAAUAAAAAAUGUCAUCUAAUAAGAAGAGUGACGUGUGGUUGCACUUCUCGGAGGAGAAGGAUAAGAAGGUUAAGUGUAAGUUGUGUGGUCAGCAGUUGUCGGUGUCAAAUAAAUCGAAUUGCGGCCUUAUUCGUCACAUGAACAGACGACACCAGUUCCAGAGAAUCUCUAGACAGGCGCAACCUGUAGAAGAAGUACUUCUUGACAUCGAAGGCAGUGAGCUCAACAACAACAUCAGUGAAGUCAACAACAACAUCAGUGAAGUCAACAACAACACCAGUGCAGUCAACAACCAUAACCCCCAUC